UAUAUCGCCACUCAUUCACCGCAUCGAGGUCAAAAUCCUGGAAUUGCCUCCCUAAGGGUAUUGUGUGCCAACCUAAGGCGUAUGGACCGCAGCGAUUCAAGAAGGCGCCUCAAUGUUAACAAGGAAUGGGCAAUAAAUGCUGGCGAGCCAGCGGCGCCCACAUCCACGAAUGAUUUUUUUUAAAAAUCAGUUUUGACGAUUUGGAACACAAGCAAACAAGCACAACAUGAGUGCCCCAGCUCCCGACCACGAAAGUGCAGCGCCCGCUCCCCGCAAUAUGCCCGUGCCAGUCACUGAGCUGCAAAUCAGAUACACCAAGAUCUUUAUCAACAACGAGUGGUACAACUCCAGCAGUGGCAAGAAAUUUGCAACCUGUAACCCUGCCACAGGAGAGAAGAUCUGCGACGUGGAAGAAGGCGACAAAGUGGAUGUUGACAAAGCAGUAAAAGCAGCUCGGGAAGCUUUUCAGAUUGGAUCAACAUGGCGCAGGAUGGAUGCUUCUGGAAGAGGGAGGCUUUUACAUAACCUUGCUGAUUUGAUGGAACGGGAUCGUGUUAUAUUAAGCACAAUAGAAUCUAUUGACUCUGGAAAACUCUUCCUGCAUGCGUACUUUGUUGACCUAGAUGGCUCAAUUAAAACAUUGCGUUACUAUGCUGGCUGGGCUGACAAAAUCCAAGGACGCACCAUCCCUGUGGAUGGAGAUUAUCUCACAUUUACAAGACAUGAACCAAUUGGUGUAUGUGGACAAAUUAUACCUUGGAACUUCCCACUUCUGAUGUUUACUUGGAAACUUGCUCCUGCACUUUGCUGUGGCAACACAGUAGUUAUUAAACCAGCAGAGCAAACCCCACUCACUGCACUCUACAUGGGAGCUUUAAUCAAAGAGGCAGGAUUUCCUCCUGGAGUGGUGAAUAUUGUACCAGGAUAUGGAUGUACUGCAGGAGCAACAAUAACAAGUCAUAUGGACAUAGAUAAAGUAGCCUUCACUGGUUCUACUGAGGUUGGUAAACUAAUACAAGAAGCAGCAGGCAAGAGUAAUCUCAAGAGAGUAACACUGGAACUUGGAGGGAAGAAUCCAAACAUCAUAUUUGCUGAUGCAGACUUGGACUUUGCUGUAGAGCAAGCUCAUAAUGGCCUCUUCUUCCAUCAAGGACAGUGCUGUUUAGCAGGAUCCAGAAUAUUUGUGGAAGAACCUGUCUACAAAGAAUUUGUCUGCAAGAGCAUUUCGCUAGCACAGAAGCGUGUUAUUGGAAAUCCCCUACAUGCAGCAGUCACCCACGGGCCACAGAUUGACAAAGAGCAGUAUGAUAAAAUUCUCAGUUUAAUUGAGAGUGGGAAGAAAGAAGGAGCCAAGCUGGAAUGUGGAGGUUUGCCAUGGGGAGAUAAAGGCUUCUUCAUACAGCCAACAGUCUUCUCAGAGGUUACAGAUGACAUGCGGAUAGCCAAAGAGGAGAUCUUUGGGCCAGUGCAACAAAUUAUCAAAUUUAAAACAAUAGAUGAAGUUAUCAAAAGAGCCAACAACACCCACUAUGGUUUGGUUGCUGCUGUUUUCACCAAAGAUAUUAAUAAAGCAUUUACUGUUGCUUCAGCUCUUCAAGCUGGGACUGUGUGGGUCAAUUGUUACAAUGCCAUGCACGUUCAGAGUCCUUUUGGGGGAUUUAAAAUGUCUGGAAAUGGUAGAGAAAUGGGAGAAUAUGGUCUCCAGGAGUACACCGAGAUUAAGACCAUCACCAUCAAAAUUCCACAGAAGAAUUGCUAAAAUAUUCUAAAUUAAAAUGUUUUAUGCCUGAAGAAAUCGAAAAAUCUAAAAGCCUCACCUUGUUGGGAUGUACUCAAAGUCGAACGUAAUGUGUCUGUUUCACCCGUGUAGUUUAUCAGUUAUGAAGGCCUAUAUUUUGCUCCAGAAAGUAUAAAUAAUGUAUCAAAACUGUAUGUACCUCUUUGUGUUACACAGCA